AUGUUUUAUAAUUUGGUCAACUGCCUGCACGACGCGGACCCUUAUCGAGACUAUCGCGUCGAGGAAGUGGUGCGCGAUAUAACCUCGCGGAUGCGCCCAAUGGACCUCGCGCUGCGGGUUUCGGGCAGUCCGAGACAAUUUCGGCUAAAGACGCAAUCCGAGAUCGCCAAACCAUUUAACGCUUUUAUACCGCAAUUGCAUGCCAUUUUCACCAAAGUUUUGUCAAUUCCACGGUGGCAUCAUCGGCAUCUCAGCUUUCUCGUCGAUGCGGCGGAAUCCAGCGAGCGGGUCCUCCUGGUGCUGGACACCAAUUUUUUGAUCCAGUCCAUCACCAAAGACCUCCCUUUGGAGCACUUUUACCCUAAUCUCCAAAAGCAGCACCCCCAUAUCGGAAAUGGAUCACGCGGGCUGGCCAUGGUUGUGGUCCCGUUUACAGUCCUGAUGGAGACUUACCGCGUGAUUUUGAGCCCCGGCAAUGGGCUGAGUUAUUCUGUGAGGGUGCGGUUGUGGUCUAGGAUGAUUUCCCUGGUACGGCAGGACCACGUCCACGUGCUUUCCCUCCCAGUUGAAUUUAACGCCUCAGCCAUGUCGAUUCUAACUCGGAUGGCCUACCACAAGGCCUUUGGCGAUGAUGGUAAUCUGGGGAGUCGGUUAAACCCCGACCGGCACAUUUUAAACGUAUGUCUUUACCUUCAAUAUCUGCUUCGCAGUAAACAGGCGUGUCGGUUGUGUGGUUCAUCCAUCCCGGAAGGAACGCUUUUGUUUUCAUUUCUGAAGUAUCACGUCCGUCGCUUCGAUAAUACGGUAAAGGGAAGCGCGACGGACGGGCUUAUAUUAUUCACAAUGGAUCAAAAAUUUUCUCGCGCGGCGUAUGAGGCUGGCGUAGACUGCUUCCCCACAUUGAUGACAACGAAGUAA